CGUAUGUUUUAUCAAUUGUCGGUGACAAUGCCAGCAGCAUGAAGAGCAGCAUCGAAAAAAUGAACAAAGAUGACAUGGAAGUGAACUUUGACAAUGAUGAAAUUCUUGAGAAUGAUGAUGACAUUGAUGCUGUAGAUGAGCUUGUGGCCUCCUCGGCAAGACUCAUGAAUAUCACUCAUAUGCGAUGUGCCGCUCACACGCUUAACCUCGCGCUUCUUGAUGGCUUACUAAAAAGCCAUUCGGCGGGUCUAAUAGGCAAGUUACGGAAUAUAGUGUCGGCAGCGAGAGCACCAAAGUACGAUGCUUUGCUGAAAAAACUUACUGGGAAAAGUGUCAUUUCUGACCGCAUAACAUGC